AUGUCCCUGAAAUUUAAUCCGGAUGAUUCUCUUUUGAAUGCUACCUGGGCUACCGUCCUUCUGAGCGAAAGAGAUGUAGCCGGACAAGUCCCAAUAAAUUUCGUCACCACAUCCGCUAUCUCGCUGCGGGCAGCAUGCUUUGGCGACAACAAGUUUGCCCGGAAUGCAGCCGAGAGAUGCAUCUCCAAUUUGCUGGCUAUCGGCUACCGGCGCUUCAACAUCGAUCUAUACUGGUCAACCGAGCUCCGUCGUUGGAUCCUAUGCCCUGUUUCGAUUCCUAAGGGCCUGCAUGUCGUGACCGUAUCCCCGGACGCUACAUCCACUGCUACUGCUUCGGUUGCACAAGGUACUGUCACAGCGGAGCUCGACUCGUCGGAUACGCUGCUGUAUGAUCUUGGCUCGUAUAAAUGCUCGGAUAACUUGGAUCUGCAGGACUUGAUAGAUAUCUUUAGUGAUUACUUUCAGUAUACCAACACAAAUCUGGUGAUAUAUACGAGAUAUCUGUCGCUCAAUCUCCAUGUUGCUGCUGAUCCCACUUCAGCCGAGGAGUCACCAUCGACUGUCACGGGCGAACAGCUUCCGGCCGUAUCAGAACGAGUCGGCUAUAUCCUGAAUGAUAAGCUUGGGUCAUACAUCUACGGCCCCUCCAGGCUUCUCGAGGACCGCCGUAACCUGAAUGUUUCGUGGUAUGCGGUAGAUGAAUCGAACAAACCAAUUACUCAGUACUUCACCAUUGAGGAGGGCCCGGAGGGUAUACAAACCACGCCAGAUGGAUGGCCAAGCGCAAAUUUCAUACAGCUAGCAGCUGACCGACGGCUGCUUAUUGAGUAUGGCUCGGUUGGUUCGCAGCUGAGCGACCACGAUCUCUCUGCAGAAAACGACGUUAUAUUUCCUCCCAACUACCUGACUUCAUCUAUAUCGGUCGACGCAGGUGACAACGGGAGUCUGGAUUCCGGGUGUCUAUACAACCCAGGUACGACGGACAUCUCAAAAGUCAACUCAUCCUGGGCAAUGUCUAGCCACAUCCCCGUCCCCUCCAAGUCCAGCGAGGAGUCCCUCCGGUCCAUCUCAGACCUGGUAGUAAACCUCACGGCAUGUGGAAUGGCCUUUACGCUUAACGAUACCCUCUUCGGCAACACUGCGGACGAGGACCCGGUCCCGUACCGCAAUCUCUCCCUGUCAUCCUCUUGGGCAUGGGCCCUGGGCGAACCCGCAGCCCCCUCCCACGACCUCGACUCUGCCGAAUCCGAUGACACUCGUUGCGCCGUAAUGGACCUGUCCCUUGCUGGUCAAUGGCGCACAGCUAACUGUUCCGAAUUGUAUCGCGCCGCGUGCCGCGUGGAUAACGAGCCAUUUCGGUGGUCUCUUUCGUCAGACCCUCUCACAUACAGAGAUGCCUACGACAGCGCCUGCCCUUCUUCCACAAAAUUCUCUGUUCCUCGCACGGGCCUUGAAAACACAUACCUACUCCGCCAUCUACUUUCGUUAUCACAUGAUCUAAUCGACCCGUCGGCCUCAGACACCCUCAAAACCGCAGUCUGGAUUGAUUUUAACUCCAUUGAUACCGAAACUUGCUGGGUGACCGGCGGACCCAUUGCAACUUGCCCGUAUACCGCAGAUCCGGACCAACUUGAGAGACGGACGGUCUUGGUUGCUGCUGUCGCGGGUAUAGUGAUCUGCAUUAUUGCGGCGCUGACACUGUUCGUCAAAUGUAAUGCGAACCGGCGAAACUCGAGACGAAACAGAAGGGUUAUUCAGGGAUGGGAGUACGAAGGUGUACCUUCUUAA